UUAUUAAAGCGUCUUUGUAUUAAGGGAAGUACUUACGUACACCCAAGGAGACGAUGCAGACGAUUAUCGUAUAUUUCCUCCCUCUUUCCCAUCACCGUCAUCCAAUCCAUCCAAUCCCGUCACCCUGAUCAUCUACAUCUAAUACAUCCAUCCAAUCCCGUCCCCUAGUCAUCCCCAGUUUGCAACCUAAACCUACCUGGACGAUCCGGCAGUGAAUUUGGUUUACUCCCAUAAAAUUUUUCGGGCAGUACUCGAUCCAUGCCAAGAUUCUAUCUCUUAAAAACAGCUCCAAAGUUUUAAAUUUUCGUUGCUAAAUUUUUCAUUAGCCGUGGAAUGAAUUUUUAUCAUGAUGAGCUGUGUGAACAGAUAACAGAUAACCUAGAUUUUCUAUUUUCAAAUAUAUUAUAGUAAGUCAUUACUAAUCCAUCUAUGGCUUGUGUGUGCAUUUCAUGUUUGAAUUUUCCCCUCCAUUCACUCAAAUUCUGCUCUACUACAGUUGUAAUGAUUCCAAGCUUUAGUCCGCUAUGAGUAUUACCUACCUACUCUGCCUAGUAUUGGUUGUUUUUCUUGUUUCAUAGUCAGUUUAAUAUUACUCUAUUCUAAGGUUUCCUACGAUAUUCUCUCUGAAUUCUCUCAUUAUUUACUGCGCGAAGUCAAGCGUACUAUUGGAUUGAGUAUAUUCUCUGGGCAUUGAUCAGUGUUAUGUCUGUGGUCAGUGUGGAAACGCAAUGGAACUAUACAUUCGUGGCCUCCAAUUCCUGUCUGUGUUCCUCUCAGAAUAAUGCAAGUUUACCAGAGUUGAUUGUCUGGCAGGCUUAAAGCAAGUUGGCGAGAUGGAGCUCAUGUUUGAGGACGAAACGUAAGCGGAAGUGGGACGAGUUAGACUCGGACAGCACGGACGCAAAAGGACCCACUGGAACAGAACCAGGAGUCUUGGUCGAUGAGGAUUCGAUUCAGAAAAAUGGUGGUGAGCUCCCUCAAUUCAUGUCGGAGGAAAAGGCCUUUCCCAUCCGCGUGAACAUCACAAACAGCUUAAGCAGUAUGAACAACAACUCAGCCAAUGCCAAUAACGCCAACGACGCUGCCGGUGACUGGGAUCGAGAGCGGGAAUUGGAAAAAGAGCCGGAUCCAUUCCCUCCCCAUGUGGACGCCAGCACGAUUCCGGUCCUGGCCGAGAGCCCUGAGAAAACGAAGAAGCUCCCAUUGAAGAGCUAUAGUGAAAUCUGCGCCCUCCUCCAGGCUGGCCGCAAGCAAGAGGUCAAGAAGCUUCUGAGGGACAACUACUGGCCCACCAACUCCCCUAUCAGAUCACAGCUGUGGCCCAGUCUUUGCCUCUCCCACUCCACUGACAAGUCCAUGCAAGAGGGAUUUUACUGGGACCUCGUCAAUCAGCUCUUCGGAACUACUGAGCUGCCUGAUAAGCCUCCUUUGCCACCUUUUGUGGACUCAGCUCAUAGGCUCUCGUACCACCUCACACGAAAAGGACGAUCUGUCACGGAUCGAGUAGUUUGCGUCUUAGGAUAUUCUUGCCCCGAUAUCACGUACAGUCCUGCCAUUUAUCCGAUCACAGCUCUUCUCCUUCACUUCAUGCCAGAGGAAGAAUGUUACAACAGUCUCACCAGUUUAGUAGCUUCCAAACAUAAAGUAUUUGUUACUCAAACGAAACUCCUCUACGAAGUAACAUGGAAAACUGUAAUGCAUAUCACUAGAAAACAUGUGAAAUCCGCUGCUGUUCAUCUCAGCAGACACUGUACAACCCCUUCCAGAGCAGAGCGUAUCUAUGCAGAUUGGAUAUGGUGGAUUUUACAAGGCCUUCCUUUCAAUCACUUGGUCAGAGUGAUGGACUGCUAUUUAUAUGAGGGUGUCAAAGUUUUCUAUCGUGUAGCAAUGGCUAUUUUGAAUUUAUUCUACAAACAUUCUUCCUCGCAGAACUCAGACUGGAUGAAAGAAAUUCAAGACCUAGGAGUAGAUGCAGCUUUAACAAAAUUUUGCAGGCAGCUUCCGGUGAGUCCUCGGAAGGUCUUGAGAGCUGCCUUUGGGAUUCGAGCAUUGAGUUCUGCGUACAUUCAAAGGGUAUUUGUAAAAACCGAAAUGACACUAAAGAGCCGAGCAGUCAUCACAGGUUCAAGGCAGCUAUUACGGUCAAGAUCCAGUGAAAAUCUCCCCACAAGUCAGUCUCAAGUAAACAUUCAAAUGCUGUCACACACAUUAACGAUCAAGGAGGGUGAGCGAUCGCCAAGUCCUCGUACUUCAUCAAUGGGCAGCUACCCUGUCAAUAAUGUUGCGUCCCUCAUUGUUGAUCAACAGGAUCUAUUUACUCUCUGGUCUUGGCUGCCUGUGCGAAUCACCAUGUAUCAACCAAUCCUUCUUUACACAACAGAGGAACAUGGCUGCAGUCUCACCACGUUCUAUGUCAGGGUUGAGCAGCAUGAACCCACUCUUCUUCUUAUAAAAACUUGUAAUAAUGAAGUUUUUGGUGCAUACUGUUCUUCAAGAUGGUUGGAAAGGAAUCAAAAAGAUGAACGAGGUAACAGAAUCACCUAUUUUGGCACUGGGGAAACAUUCUUAUUUAGUUUGUACCCAGAACGUGCAAAGUAUCCUUGGGUAGGAAUGGAAGGGGAUAGUGUGAAUCAUUCAAACGAAUUAUUCAUGGCAGCUGAUCAGAAGAUGAUAACAGUUGGUGGAGGGGAUGGACAAGCAAUAUGGAUGGACGAAAACAUUAGGUUUGGCAAAACAGAUCACUGUUCAACAUUCAACAACCCACCUUUGUGUCCGAGCAGAGAUUUUGAAAUCCGAGUUCUGGAAGUUUAUGGUUUCGGCGGUGCUUAAAUAUGUACAUAUAUGAACGAAUAUAUAUAUAUAUGUAUUUAUGAAGGUGGUAUAAUAGUAGUGAGUUCACACUAUUUUGUGAGAAAAAAAUAAGGCCAAAAAGUUUCAAAUAUGUUAAAUACCAAUAUAGCGAUCUAUAUAUAUAUAUUUAUGUGUGUGUUUAAUUAUAAAUAUUACAACCGUGAA